AUGUAUAACACAGUGUGGAAUAUGGAGCAGGAGGACACAGACUGGAGGGAAGUUAUGAUGCCUUACUCCACCGAGCUCAUCUUUUAUAUUGAAAUGGACCCUCCAGGUAUUGCAUCACUUCAUUUUUGGGGAGAUACUGCAUGUUUGGGGGUCACUCCCUGUCUUUAUGAUUUCUUCUCCUUCUUUGUGUUUAAUGUAAAAGGGGGUUAAAGUGGCACAUUAUGUCCUGCCAUCCACGGGGGAGUGGGGGGUUACUGUAUUACCCCCUGGGUUUUGGGGGGCCUGCUGCUGGUUUAAAGGGAUCCUCUUGUGAUGUCAGCUGCAAGAAAAGUCACUCUCCUGUCUGUUUUAUGGGAAUUUCUGCUGCAGCUUUGUGUUUAAUGCCUGGGUUGCCAUUCUGUAUGGGGCAAACAGGAUUUCUUGUUGCUAGCCAUUGGUAGCCCUGGAGUAGUUGGAACUUGCCCCUAUUGGGGCAGUUCAGUUUGAAUGCAGUACUCACUUUGUUGCAGCUGGUUUUGGGGGUCAUGCCAGCUGCAAAAUCCUGGCUUCAUUAUUGCAAGUACUGCCCCCCCUUUUCUGUUAAAACCCCAAUGUUCUCUUACAGAAAGGGGUGUGACUGGUCUCAGACAGGUUCCCCACCAGUGGAUUGGCUUUGCUCUCUCUAUUUCUCCAUAUUCAUAAUUGCUAUAAAUGUUUCAUUCAAAAUCUUGCCCUACAUUUCUGCAAAUUGAGAGGAAGCAGGAUUACAUCAUUGCUGGUUUUCUCUAUUUCCAGGGCAAAGUAUUAACACUAUAAAAUGGCAUAUUGCUUCUAUUCUGCCAUUGAUGUAACUCAUUCAGAAAGAAUAGACUUGGCAGCUAUGGAAUAACCUGUUUAGUGCAUUGCAGAGUAACCACUUCAAACUGACUUUCUAUAUGGUUUAUAUCCUUUUUGUCAUUCUUUGAUGACUUUUAGUAUUGAGCAAAUUUUUUAAAAAUUUUUUUGGGGGGGGGAUUUUAAUAUUUCCCUCUAUCCCCUUCACUUACGCCCGAAUCUUGUGUUCCAGAAUGGGGUAACGUUCUAUUCAGAUAUUCCAAGUCUUUCCCAAGUAAAAGUACUGCAGUGUAGCUAUUCUACGCAGAAUCGUGCAAAAUGUAUAUUCUUUUAUUUGCGCACUUCUCUACCUGUAUAAAAAUGGCCGAAAAAAUGCAUUUUGGCUUUUGAUGUUUUUGGUUUUAAAAAUGUCUUGAUCUCUUCAGUCUUUUGUAGCGCCUCACUUCGCCCUUUGUUUCAGCUGAAGAUGUUACUGUAUUCUAGGAGUCUGUGAAUGCGCUGAUCGCUUUUAUUGCAUUUUCUUUUCCUAAACAUUUAUGCAGAUUCAGCUGAAUUGUGCAGUCAGGUCAUGGAGGCAAUGCACUGUAAUUGUGUUGCUCUGGAAUAGGGGAUGUUAAGAUAUUUCAUGGAUCUUCUGGGUUCAAGAGGCAAACCUCCACUUUUUUUUUUUUUUUUGUCUGUAAAAUAUUUAACUGCUGCAUGGCCGGUGCAUUGUUGAUCCAUUGGCAUUGAGAGGGUUAAUGUGCAUUCUGCUCCUUCGACCGGGUAGAGUCAGUUUGUCACCUGGUAGCCUGCACAGGGGUCACGCAGUGUUGUUUCUGGAUAGAUCACUGUAGGGAUUGAGGGGAAUGGACCUGCACAGGCCUGGUUAAAUUUGCCAAGGAGUCUAGAAGUGUGUGUUCGUGUUCUGUAGACAAAGUGACCCCAGCUUGUGCAUUCACAUAGCAAGACGUCAACCUUCUAACAUUUCUAGAGCAAAUGGCUCUGUAUAAUUAUCCACGAAAGAGCGUUUUAUUCCAUAGAUGUUGGCUACUGUGGAUUUAUUUUUUAUUUUUUUUCGCACAUCAUUUUUCAUUCCCUGAACAUAUCCACUCAGUGCACACUGGAUGGUAUGUUAGUAUGGUGCGUUAACGCCCCCUUUAUGGAAAGCUGCUGCUAAAUCACCCCAAAAAGUUCAAGAAAUUGACAUCUCUAAACAUUGUGUGCAGUAGUGGUCGGUCCUUUGUCUUAAUGUCCAGUUAAAUGUAUUGCCCCAGAAAAAUGCCCAUUGUCUUCAAUGACAUAAGUGUCGAUCUUAACCGUGUCAAUGCCAGAGGUGGGUGCCAUGUAUGGAUUUACUUUUUUCUAGCUCUGUCUGGUGGUAUAUUAGUUUUAUGAGUCUGGGGUGAGUUUAUGGCUUCAAGAAUAAAUGCGUUCUUUCAGCUGGUAGACCCACUACUGUCGCUCUCUUACCUUAUCGUGCUAUGUGAAGACCCUUCCAGCGUUGGAUAUACAUUUUCCAUCCAUGAGCCUGUGAUUUCCAGAGACAUUGCUAGGGAUGGGGGUUCCAAAUGGAGAGCCCUUCUUUCUUUGCGGCGCACAUGUCACUCUUUAAGGGGGCAAACAAAGCAUUGUAACGUUGCGCUUUCUUUGCUGGCACUCAAGGAGUUAAGUGUGCUGCUUUCUCCUGACACACAGACAGACCCAGGCAUGUAUGAUUUACAUACAACAGAUCCAGAAAAUAUAAAAAAAAUAUAUAUAUAUAAUUUUUUUUUCUAUCUAUCACAUGGGAAACUGCCCUACAAAUACUUUCAUUUAAAAAGUUAUUCUGCAUAAAAAUCCACUGCAAGAAAGUAUGUGUGUGUAUGUAUGUGUAUGUGUAUAUAUGUAUAUAUAUGUAUGUGUGUGUGUAUGUGUGUGUGUGUAUAUAUAUAUAUAAAUUAUAUGUGUGUGUAUAUAUAAAAUUUGUAUGCACUUUCUCACAAGCGUCUUGGAUCGGUUAUAUAUGCUUUGAAAAUAAAUACAUUUUUAAAAGGUUUAAGAUGCAUUUUGCAUUUGUUCAAUUUUAAAAUCAUUUUUUAAUUUAUUUUAUUUUUUUAAAAUCUUUUCCUUUCCACCCCCUUCUUUCUGUGAAUUAUCCAGAGAGCUGAUAAUGCAUCAUGAGAUAUGUCCUUAUCUGGUGCAGAUCUCCCAGUAUUUGCUACCUGUUUGUGACUUCAUAUUUCUCCUCAUACAUGGAGGAUUGUAUGUCUGUUCUGGGCAGGUGUACAGAUUAAAAAAAAUAAAAUCAGAAACGAAGGGGUUGGGGGUGUUAAAAUACAUGAUGGCAUAAUGUAAGGACAUAUGUACAAAGCACUUAAAACAAUAGGUGUCUGCAUCACCAGCCUUCAAUGUCUGUCUGUUUUUAACAGUGUUAAACUAUCACAUUUAAAUGGAUAGAAAACCAUGCUAAGUGUGUCCGAUUUAACCCUCUUAUUAUCUACCUCAAUCACUUUGCCAGCUGUAUUUCGACAGCAGGAGUACUCUAACUUUUCUGCUUUUUUGUAAAUCCAGUUCGGUUACAGAUAUUUGCUUUAUGGCUCUUUGUCUUCUGAUUACACAUAGUUUAUACAUUACCCCCCCCUCUCCCAGCACCAGCUCAUAUUUUUUUUUUAUUUUUUUUUUAACCCGUUAAGUGGAAACUUUUAAAUGCUGUACAUGGUUAUUGCCCGGGAACAAUGUUUUUGCACUUUACUGCCCUUCUAACAGUAUGUCUGUGAAAGAUACACUUUUGUUUCUAUUUUACAGGACGUUGCACACUUUUACGCAUUAAAAAAGUUGCUUUUUAUUUGAUAAAUGCCUGUACUAGUUUGUUGUUUUUAUUUUAAUUUUUUUGUUCUUUUUGCUGGCAUUAUCUUUCACAGUCCCAGAGUAUUGUGCGAAUAGUCUACAAAUGUGCCUAAAACCAGCUAGAAGGUAUGAAAUGUAACCUGUCCCCAUAGCCAGCUCCUAACCUACCUGCUGCUCCCCCGCAUAUCUUCAGCUCAGCGUCAGGAACAUGCGAUUACUCUGCAGGGCUCCCAUUGGCUGGAGCUCUGUCUCCAUUCAGAGAUUAGUUUUUGCCAACAGCGUCUGAUUUGGGAUUUAGAAGAGAAAUCAGGCUGGAAGGAGUGGGGCGGUUGCAGGAUUAGGGUUACUAACGAGCACGCUAUAGAAUAUCCACUUCAGUGCAAAUGUGGUGCCUGGCCAAACCUAACUGGGCAUCCCCCCAGGAGGGUCCUAAUAGCUGCAGUAUCGUUGGUUUACAUUUAAACGUUACUGUAAAACAACUUUAAGUGUUACUAAGCUAACUUUUACCAUGACUUUAACAGAGCGAGUGUCUGGAAGGGAAUAUGGAGAUACUUCUAGCUUACUGCAUAUCUUUAUUGGUGCUGGAUUCCUGCCCUGAUCAUAGUUUAGGGGCAGUGCUAAGGGUCGGAUGAAACUGGCCAAAGCAGAGACUGUCAAUGUUGUAAAUCUAACUCGAAUUACACUAGCCUGUCCACUAGUCUACCACACUUUAUUCCUCUGGAGGGGAUGUGGGGUAUAUACCUAAAUUAUCUUUAAAGCAGUUAAGUAUGUUUGUGAUCAUACAGGAUACAUAAAGUAACUUUUAUUUUUUUUAUUUUUUUGGUAGCGUGACCUAUUAAAUAGCUGAUUCUCUUUUCUUAAAAAAAAAAACAAAAACAAAAAAAACCACGUACCUAAAUGCACGCCCCAUAUUUCUCACUACGUUCCCCAUUAUAUUUAGCCAGUCUUUAGGCUCUGAGUUGUAUAGUACAAAGGUUUUUUGUUUUAUUUUUGUGCCCUUAAAUUUAUUUUUCUAUAAAGUCCUUUCUUUGUACACUAACGGUUCUUAAUGUGCAGUAGACCUUGAGUAAGUACGUGUACCCAUUACUCCAAACAUGUGGUUAAACCGUUUUCGCUCCAGAAAUGUUUUUGAAGGAAAUGCGCCUCACUAGCUAAGUUAAUUUUAAGUCUGAAUAUUUAAACAAAACCUCUUAGUUUGCAUCUAGAAAUAAUCAAUGAAAGACUCACACGAGCAAACCGUAUCCAAAACAGGUGGCUAGGAGGCAUUUUACACUCAUAUUCAGUGUAAGCCUCCCUGUCUCUCUGGUUUAAUACAUUUUACAAUCUGGUAAAGCAAUGGACAUCUUCUUAUUCAAUGUAUUCUUUGCUCACUUGUGAGAACUCACAAAAGCUGAAAGGAUUUAAUUGGUAGUUUUAUUACUUUUAGUAGCUGGUUAUAUUCAUGGGUGUUUGUGGUUUUUAAUUUUUUUUUUGAGGGGGGACUAUGUAUUAAACAAAGAAAAGUCUUAUGUCAUCUUCUCCUUUUCAGCGCUUCCUCCUAAACCACCCAAAUCAAUGACUCCGGAGCCUACAAAUGAAAGCAAGGACUCCCCUUCACCUCUGCAGGAUGCGGAGUGGUACUGGGGUGAUAUCUCAAGGUAAUGACAAAUAAUUAGCUUAUCUUAAGUCUGUUCUGGUGCUAUGCUUUAUUUCUAUAGCUUGUGUUCUCAUCAUUAAAUUCUCCCAGCCAUAAAAUGCUGAGUAAGCAUUGUCCGCUUGUGAUUAAUAUUUAAUGUGAGACGGUGGAGGGGAGGGGGGGUCAUUGAAUUUGACUUCUAGUGACCUGAGAAUAGCAUUCCACUAAUACUGAUGGCUGGCAAGAUUAUUUUUUUUUAUAUUUUUUUUCUGAUUCUGUGAUCAUAAAUGAUGGCACUAGGAGGCCCUAGGUUUUUUUUAUUUUUGUUUUUUUAUUUUGCAUUACACAUUCCCCCGUUGUCAUCUGGGUUAAACAGGCUGGUAAUAGGUGGUGUGUGUUUUUAUGUAUUGUUUCUCUGAUCACAGGCAAGUAGACUAAAGUUUUAGAGGUGUUUGUAAUAAUUUCAGUGGUGUAUUUAUCAUUCCCAGCUAGUGUUUGUUUUUUGUUUUUGUUUUUUGAGAUAUAGAUAGAGGUGUGUGUGUGUGUGUGUCAGCAUAAAGAGAAAAUAUAUAUCCUUGUCUGAAAGUGUGUUUUAAGUGAUAUCCUGGUACAUUCAUAAAAUCUCAAUAGAUGCCUUGAUGUCACUGUAGUCUCGUGCCUCAUAUACUGGUUAAAUCUUCAGUGUAGAAUGCAAAACUACUCAAUGUUUAGUAAGCUUUAUUGCAAAAAUAGAAGUUUUCUGAAGACUUGGAAAGCCAGCUCAAAUUAUGAGUCUAGGUUUCACAAACUGUCGUAGUACACAGCUGCUUAGUUUCAUAGAAAUGGAUGUCUCUAGCAAUGGCAUUAACUGUAUAUUUACACAGUAUCAAUAAAGUGUACACAUUAGUGGGACAGGAAAAGGAAUGCCUCAAUUUUAAGAAUUUUAUUCCAAGAAUCAAUUAAUGCUUUACUAGAAUAACCAUUUCAUCAAGUAUUGAAAGGUAGUAGAUCCUCGUCCCCCACCUGUAGUAUGGCAGGAUCCUUCAACAACAUAUAUGCACCAUGGGUCAGGCAAUGUCUGGAAAGCAUUUUCCCUUUCAAACUUGGUGAGAGGAUCAUUAUAUUAAAAACGUGUUGAGGUGACAGUUGGUCUAAGUAUUUAGGCUAAAAUGUGCUCAGACCUGUUUAGUGAGUUAACAAAGGAGUUUGUUCAUUGACCUGUAGCAAUAGACUUUUGCUAUAAAAUGUUUUCAAGUGAUAAGUUGUAGCUUGUUUAAAAAUAAUUUGGCUUGUUUUCUUUCCAAAAAGGGAAGAGGUGAAUGAUAAGCUGCGUGAUAUGCCUGAUGGGUCUUUCCUAGUUCGAGAUGCAUCAACCAAAGUGCAAGGAGACUACACUUUGACCCUAAGGUAAGUGCUCAGAAUAUAUAGGGUUUUGUAUUUUUUUUAUUUAUUCAAAAAUGGCUUCGAACAUGAUUAGAAAAAUGCAUGUGAUCAUUUUGUCCAAGAUAACUAGCUGUGAUGAAACCUUCAUAUUCAGAGAAUAUUGUAUUGCUCAGAUAUGCUUAUUCUUAUGUAUUGUGUAUUUGUGAAAGGAAGCAAUAUUUCCUUCAGCAGGAACUUUUCUAAAUCUAAGGGUUUGUUGCCCAGAAACUAUCCACAUGAGAUAGGAAGUGUUUUUUUUUUUGUUUUUUUUUUCUCUGCUAGUAAAUGUAUAGAUUCUGGAAAUGGCAAAUCUUUUAUAAAGUUGUACUCUGUACCGUCUGAAAUGCUCAAGAAAACACACAAAAUAUAAUAUGAGCAAAGACUAUACUAUGGAAACCGACAUCUAAUACAUUUUAUAUUCUUGGUACGUUUAUAGCUCUUAUGAAAACUGAUGGUCUUUGUACUCCAAUAGUAACAGUAAAAUAUUACUAACCAGAGUGAAGUGUGCCCUUCAUCACCCCACUGCCAUCUCUUCUUGAAUGUUGGCUAGAGUUACCUGGUCCUUUACACAUAUUUGUGAUUUUUGGCAGACGAUACUAAAGUUUGACUGGUGCACAGAACAUUUAAACGCUUUGGCAGAUUCAUUAUUUUACAAACGUAUUCAAACUCUAUAGUGCAAUAACCUCAAUCCCACACUAGAUGCCUUUUGUACUCUGAUGGCACAUGAUUGUAGAAGCAUCCUUAAUAUUGCUGCCUGCUGUUGUAAGACUCAGUUAAUCGGAAUGGGGGUGUGCUCCUGCCAGUGGUACUCAUAGCGUUUCUACUCAUUCCUGUUUACAUAGAAGAGUGUGUGUAAUUUACCUUGGAAAGUUUAAAUGCCAUAACCACUCACUAUCUACCUAUGUUAAAUCGAGCAAAUAUUUUCUUGGUAAACCUUGAAAGUAUCAGAUUGACCCCUUCUCAUAAUAUUUGUAUGUCUUUAAUUUUUAAUUUUUUUAUUUUUUUUUAGGAAAGGUGGCAACAACAAAUUGAUAAAGAUAUACCACCAGGAUGGCAAAUAUGGCUUCUCUGAUCCUUUAACCUUUAACUCUGUUGUGGAGUUGAUUACCCAUUAUAGACAUGAAUCCCUAGCCCAGUACAAUCCUAAACUGGAUGUAAAGUUGCUGUAUCCAGUGUCGAGACAUCAACAGGUGAGACAUUAGACCAAUAGUUUUCCUAAAAUCACUUAAUUAACGUUCUGCUCUGUGUGAAGACUUCUCCAAAAUAAACUUUGCUUAUGUUAAACAAGGGGGGACCCUUCUGAACAAGUACAAAAUCUAAGUCAUAAUGGAUUUAUAAGAUGUAAUGUCAAAUGGCAGGCACUCUUCACACAAGCUCGGGUGAUCAUGAAUUUGUGGCUGCCAUCCCACAAUUACUGGUUUGGAGACAAGAUGAUGAAUGUAUUAUGUAGAAUGAUGGAGGUAAUAGCUGGGCUUUUUAACUGGAUCCUAUAGAGCACAAGUAGGAAGAGCGUAAGCUUCCUGUGAAUAAAUCUGUCCCCAGUAGCAUUGGUUCCUUUGAGUGCGGUGGUUCAAGUACAGAAUAAAUGCACAAAAUUAGUUUUAGACAAAUGGAUAGACUGAGCUUCAUUCGGAGAGAGCUAAUGCUCUGGUGUUCCUGGGGAUGGGAUUUAGAUGUUUGUGCAUAUCCUUUUGAGCUUGUGUAUCUUAAUUUUUUAUUUUAUUACAAUUUAUUUUAAAUUUUAAUUACAUGUAGGACCAGCUAAUUAAAGAGGAUAACAUUGAGGCUGUGGGGAAAAAACUUCAAGAGUACCAUGACCAAUACCAGGAUAAAAGCAAAGAAUAUGACAGAUUGUAUGAGGAGUAUACAAGGACAUCGCAGGUAUCUGGACUAAUAACACUUUAUGUUCAGAGAGGGUUCCCCCCCAUCUUAAAUAUAUUGUGGAUUUAUUAAAGGAACACCCCUGGCACAAUGGCCACUACAGCACACAUGUUUGUGGUUAUGGUGCGUCUUUCUUUAAAUUGUGACUUGAGUAAAACCAUAUGUAGCUCUAUCCUAUAGUCAGACCUUAUGAGUUACUUGCGACUGCAUGCUCACCAGGAAUGUUUCUACUUGCCAGGGCUGAAUUUUCACUUUCUAGUGGUUGUUAGGGUUUUUUUUUACAUAGAAAAUAUUCCUAAUUUCAGGGAAAAAAGUUAGUUUAAUAAUUUGCUGGAACUUUAUUUUUUAUUUUUUGUUUAAUAUAGGUUUCAUGGGGCCGUGCACUUUAACCUGAAAUGGUGAUCUUCUCUUACAGGACAUCCAGAUGAAGAGGACUGCCAUUGAAGCUUUUAAGGAAACAAUUGAAAUAUUUGAAGAGCAAUGUCGUACCCAAGAAAGACAUAGUAAAGAGCAUAUGGAACGAUUCCGCAGAGAGGGCAACGAGAAAGAAAUUGAAAAGUAAUUACAGAUAGGCGUACCCACAAAUACUGUCAUCAGCAUUGUCUUCUGAUUCCUCUACAAUCUGUUCUUCACUUACUAAAGGGAGUUCUGCCACAUAUCGAAAUGCAUUGUAUAGCUUAUGGCUUUCUGUUUUGGCUACUGAUAUUUUGAAUCCAGGUUCAAAUUCUGUUUUGGUGUUUGUGGAUUUUUUCCCCUUUUAACUAAUUUUUAUUUCACUUUAGGCUAACGAUAAACUAUGAAAAGCUGCAAUUUCGCUUGGGAGAAGUGCAUGAAAGUAAACUGCGCUUGGAGGAAGACGUGAAGCUGAAGGCCUUGGACAACAGGGAAAUCGACAAGAAAAUGAACAGCAUAAAGCCUGAUCUUAUUCAGCUGCGGAAACUAAGAGAUCAGUACCUUGUGUGAGUUUUAUUUGUUUACAUAUCCAGGUCUAUUGAGAGCAGAGGGUAGAAGUAUCACCCUAUAGUGUCCCUUUAUAAUUUGUAAUACUGUGCAUGUGAGCUAUGCUAUCCCACGGACAGUGUCUGUGUAGAAUGCUGCAUGUUGAAAAUGAGCUUGUGAAGCUGAGAUUUGCUUAAUGUGCUUGUGAAUCUGGGGUUGGUUUUCCAUAACUAUUUAUCUGCAGUGUCAGACUGUAUUGCACUGGCUUGUGUGAAGGAUUAAAUGAUUCCUGUGGUGUUCAAAUCAUUGGUCUGUGCAGCGCCUCUUCUAACUCACACAGCUAUGUGUUUUGUGGGUUGUUUGUUUUUGUCCCAUACUCUAACAAGCAUGGAGCCUAAGCUAAAUUUAGCUUUUAGAUUUCGCCUUCCUAACUGCAUCUGUAUCUGACACUGAAGUAAUUAUUAAAGCAGCACUCCACAUACAAUUGCCCCUUUGUCAUUUUAUAAAAUUCUGAUUUCAAAAGGAAUGUUUAUAAAGUGACAAGGUUGCACCAUUCCAGCUGUCAGACAGCCAGAAAGAUGCUCUUCUUGAUUUUGUUCCCCAGCACAAGGCUGUGCUGCUCAUAGACUGCUGUGCAUGCACCCUGUAACCUCCAGUGCAUCUGAGAGCAUUGGAUUGGCUGGGAGAUCAUCACUAACCUAGAGCAAUUGCAGCACUUCAUUCAUUUUAUAUAUUCAUUUCCUAGGAAGGCGUUGGCACUUAACAAUAAACCUGUUGUGACAGGUGUUGCUAAACUGCCCAUGUGUUCUGUCUAAAAUAUAAUUAUGUUGAUUUUUAUCAACUCACACUUGUUUUAUCUUUACAGAUGGCUUAAUCACAAAGGAGUGAGGCAGAAGCGAAUAAAUGACUGGCUAGGAAUGAAGAAUGAAAAUAUUGAUGAGUAAGUGCCCUUGCCAUUUUCUAUUUUAAUGGCCCUCCUCCAACUCUCUUAUUUUUAAGGGAUGAUGGCUAAGCUUGGUUACUAACUGAAAUGUUUAAGUGGGUGUGUCUCAGCUUGGCAGUAACCAGUGUUCUGUAAAUUUGUUGAAGAAAUGAUCAUGAAUGUAUGGAAUAUUGAUAUUUUUAAAGUGCCAACAAAUUCCAGUGUGGUACAGUUGGGUAAAAUAGACAAACUAAUACAAAAGUAAUGGAGGAUCCCGCCUAUGUACUGACCUCUAGCACUUACAGCCCUUUAUAUAAAGUGCUAAGCUAGAUAGCCCGUGAGCUUAUAAUCUUUGGUUAUAAUGACUUGAGACGAGGGAGCAGGGCAAGAUUUGACAGUAAGGGCCAAGGUGCCUUAAGAGCAUUUUUAGACUGCUCAGAUGUGACUGAGGAGGCUAUUGGGGAAGAUGACAAUCACCUGGAAAGGACUCUAUAAAGGGAUAUUGCUUGGUGAGAAUGAAGGUGUUUGCUUAAAGUGGAUAUAUUGUGAAAGGUAUCUAGAUGAGAGGAUGAAUGCUCUCACAUGAAUUGCAUUCUGCAGAUCUCAUGAAAAUACUAAAGUAGUCAAUCUGCAAUCUUGUAAAUGUCUAAGAUGGUUGUGUUGAGGGAGUUGGAUCAGCAAAGUAAAAAAAAUUUUUUUUUUUUAAAUUUUUUUUCUUGCAUAUGAGUAUAUUGCCUAAAAAUCCUCUUACUGGAACAUCCGCCAAUUAUUUUAUUUUUGUUUAAUCCAGUAUCUAUUUUUCAAACGAGGAAGAUAAUCUACCACACUAUGACGAGAAGACAUGGCUUGUGGGUGACCUCAAUCGUACACAAGCCGAAGAAUUACUUUGUGGAAAACCAGAUGGGGCAUUCUUAAUCCGAGAAAGCAGCAAGAAGGGGUGCUAUGCAUGUUCUGUUGUGUAAGUCUUUGUCUAACUUUACAGUCUGUAUCUCUAUCAUUUCCUUAAACUAUGCUGACAAUCUGUGUGUUAAGUAGUGUUAUCAAUUAUUUUUUUUUUUUUUCCUCCUCUAAGUUUUAACCCCUUAAGACCGCAGGGCGUUCUAUGCCGUCCUUAUUUAGAUGGCUCUAAACGCCGCAGGGCGACAGAACGCCCUGCGAUCUUUUGUACUUACCUGGUCGCUGGUGAUCCCACGCCGGCAAUCGCGGUAUGGGGACUUACCUGGGAGCCCAGGGAGUCCCUCUUCAGCCCCCCUGGGCCAUGUGAUCGCAAGGUCCUUGCGAGGACCCCGCGAUCACAUGGACGGCAUAGCCAGCAGGGGGAGUGCCUGUAAUGACAGGUACUCCCCCUGCUGUCUGAAAAUAAAAUUAAAAGAUGUUAAAGAUCAUAUAUAUGAUCUAAGUGUGUGUGUAUAUACACAUAAAUACAUACUGUCUACGUCUAUUUUAAUAAUAUACAUAAUUAUAUAUUAAUAUCAAAAUACAUGUACAAUAUUGAUUAAAUAUAUAAUUUUCAUUAUAUAUUUAUAAUAAAAUAGAUAUAUAAAUGUUAUAAAAUAAAAAUAAUAAAUAUAUACAUGCAUAAUUUUGUUCUAAUUUUGUAUUUUAAAAUUAAUAUAUAGAUAUCAAAAUACAUGAACAAAAUAUAUAUCUAUAUACUUAAGUAUAUAUGUGUAUAUAUCUCUAUAUAAAUAAAAAUAAUAAAAUUAUAUAUAUUUUACAUAUAUCUAUGUAAUAUUUUUACAUAAUUAGGUCAUCUUAUUAAUUACAACUUGCAGGACCUGCCUGACAACCCAGGCAGACAGUUCAGGGAAUUAAAUUUUCUUGCACUAUAUUUAACCUUGUAACUUUCCAAGACACCAUAAAACCUGUACAUGGGGGGGUACUGUUUUACUCGGAAGACUUUGCUGAACACAAAUAUUAGUGUUUCAAAACAGUAAAAUGUAUUACGACGAUAUCGUCAGUGACUGACAUUUUUUUGCAUUUUUCACACACAUGGCACUUACACUGACAAUUGUUGUGUUCCGUUUUACUGUUUUGAAACACUAUUUGUGUUCAGCAAAGUCUUCCGAGUAGAACAGUACCCGUCAUGUACAGGUUUUAUGGUGUUUUCAAAAGUGAGUCAAAUAGAAGGCUUGCGUUUCAUUUUAUUCACAUUAAAAUUCACCAGGUUGGUUACAUUGCCUUUGAGACCCUAUGGUAGCCCAAAAAUGACAAUUACCCCCAUGAUGGCAUACCAUUUGCAACAGUAGAUAACCCAGGGUAUUGCAAAUGGGGUAUGUUCCUUUUUUUUUUUUUUUUUUUUUUUUUUUUUUUUUGUAGCCACUUAGUCACAAACACUGGGCCAAAUUUGCUUUCAAAUUAGUUUUUUGUAUUUUCAAAUAUUAACACUAACAUUGGCAAGUGUUUGUGACCAAGUGGCUACAAAAAAAACUGGACAUACUCAAUUUGCAAUACCUUGGGUUGUCUAAUUUUGCAAAUGGUAUGCCAUCAUAGGGGUAAUUUUUAUUCCUGGGCUACCAUAUGGUCUCAAAGGCAACGUAACCAAUCUGGCGAAUUUCAAUGUGAAAAAAUAUUUGACCCUGUAACUUCCCAAAACACCAUAAAACCUGUACAUAGGGGUUAUUGUUUUACACAUGAGACAUCACUGAAUACAAAUGUGUAUGUUACUGCAGUAAAAGCAAACAGUAUUUUGACGUUCACGGUUAAAAUGUCACGUAGAACUAAAAAAUUUGUAAAAUUCUUUUCUCCCAUUUAUUUUUUCAUAUUAAAUUAUGUUCCAUACCUAAAUAUUUGAUGUUAAACGAAAGCCCUGUUUCCCCUGAAUAAAAUGAUCUAUAAUAAGGGUGGGUGCAUUUAAGAGGUGAAUUACGGUUGGACAGACAUACAGCGCAAAUGCCAGGUUUUGUUUUGAUCACAACUUGUACAUUUGGCUGUGGUCUUAAGGGGUUAAAGAUCGCUUGCUGGUAGUGUAGCUUAAAUGGCUUGCUAAUUUUUUUUUUUAUUUUUUUUUAUAAAGUGGACCAGUCACUACUGCCAGCAGAUUUAUAAAUGUAAAAAUGUAUAUAUCUUGUAUUUGCUAGUGACAUACAAACAUUUGUAUACAGCGGUAAGACCAUUUCCUUUAUGGCAGAUGCCCUUUCUCUCACAUGAGAACACUUCAAUGCUUUUUGCUACAACAUGAUGCUUUACUAUUUUUAUUUUCUUCUUUUCAGGGCUGAUGGGGAUGUUAAGCACUGUGUCAUUUACAGUACAUCUAGGGGCUAUGGGUUUGCAGAGCCAUACAAUCUGUACAGCACACUUAAAGAAUUAGUCCUUCAUUACCAGCAGACAUCCCUUGUACAGCACAAUGAUUCCCUCAAUGUCAGGCUCGCCUAUCCAGUCUACGCACAAAUGCCCUCCUUCUGCAGAUAA